AUGCUGUCUAGAUGUUCAUCUUAUAUCGAUAAAUUUUUAUCAUUUUCUAGAAAUUGCUUUGAAUUACCAACUAAUCCAAAUAGGGUUGCUCUUAAAAGAGCUAUUCUCGACGCUACUAUAGGCCUUCCGAUAGAACCGUUUAUUAAAAUGUUGGAUAAAUCAGGAAAACAAAAUUUAAUGAAAUGCGUUUCAUCAGAAUGUCCCGUAACUUGUUCUCCUAAGAAAAAAAUGAGUAUUUCUCCAAAUGAAUCUAGCCCUUUGAGGAUCAUUCAGUCAAGUAAAAAACUCCGUCAUUAUCUAAUGAUCCCAGAAUCUCAAGCGUGUAGAGGAUGUAUUAAGAGGACUAGAUGUAAAAAAUUUCUCCAAGUUGAGCAAGGGAUUCCAGACUUAUCUGAUAUCGCCCGUGUAGUUCUAGGGAUGAAUACUAUAUGUGGCCUUUAUAUUGAAAAAUGUGAAUUAAUACAAGAAGAAGAUGGCUCUCUUUCCAAUAUAGAUUCAUUUUUUUUUGUUUUAAACUCUUUAGAGCAAUAUUUACUUACUGUUAAAGGAAAAAAUGGUUCACUUAAGGUUGUACGGGGCGAUGAUAAAGAAUGUUCUAUCGAAGCUAAUAAACAAAUGAAGAUACAAGUAAUUUCUAAAUUGCAAGAAAAGAUAUCAAAGAUGUAUAAUAUUCCAACAUACUUAUAUCGAACUUUAAGGCUGAAUUCCAAGACAAAAAUGACUAAAAUGCAGCGUUUACUCCAGAAUAAAUUAGAUAGAUUGAUGGGGCGUGAUAAAGAUGAAAGGGACGAUGGAUUUGUAUGGGUUCCUGAGCCUGAUGAUAAUAAUAAUAAUAAUGAAAAAAUUGCACCUAAUCAAAAUGAAAAUAUCACACAAUACCCGCUGAAGGUUGGAAAUGGAACCAAAGUUAUUCAACUUGAUACUUUGAAAGAUGAACAGAUAGAAUUUAGACUAUUGAGGAACUCAUCGAGUGUUCCGAAUGAAGAAAUCAAACAUUACGAUAUAAAUGAGGAUAAAAUUAUACGCUCUAUUAAGGUUGAUAAUUCUAUACUUGUCAAUUUGAGUGAUGCAAGUAAUCAAGAUUAUCAAGACUGUGUAAAUCGUUAUAAAGGGAAAAGGCUAAAGAAUUCGAAAUGUUUAACUCAAAUUUUAGAGCAUAUUGAUCCAGAUAUGGCUAAAGAGUCUUUAAAAGAUAUCGUUAGGGUUCCUUUUGAAACUCCUAGCCAGAGCUCAGGUAAUUCAAACCCCCCUAUAGUUAAUAAAAGAAAUACCGUUGGGCCUGAAAAAAAUUUAUGGGAACCAUUGGACAUUCAUGAAUUUUGUGCGAAUGACGAAUAUAAAAAUUAUCAAAAUUAUUCUUAUGAGGGGGUUUUUAGUCGAUUUAAAUUGAAUGCUGAUCAGAGUGGGAUUGAAAACGGGAGUAUUUGUGAUUCUAAAUCUAUUAAUGAUUGCCGCCUGAAGCCAUUUUUCAAAUCUAAUUAUCCAAAUGGUUUCCAAAUUUGGGAAUUCCAAUCGGGUGAAAUUGUAUGUAAAAAUUUAACUUUCCCUAAUGUUAGAGGGAGAAAAAAUAAUUAA